GCGGAGCCGCCGCUCGCCGCCUCCACUCGCUCUCCCGGCCGUCCGACCCGUCGUGCGUUCGCCAUGGCUCUGCUGCAGUCCAGCCGGCUGCUCUGCGGCGUGGCUGCCUAUCACCCCGGCCUGGCCGCCGCCGCCUCGGCCAGAGCCAGCUCCUGGUGGACCCACGUAGAAAUGGGGCCCCCGGACCCUAUCCUGGGGGUCACCGAAGCCUUUAAGCGGGACACCAACAGUAAGAAGAUGAACCUGGGAGUCGGGGCCUAUCGGGACGAUAGCGGAAAGCCGUACGUUCUUCCCAGCGUCCGGAAGGCGGAGGCUCAGAUCGCAGCAAAGAAUUUGGACAAAGAGUACCUUCCCAUUGGGGGACUGGCCGAAUUUUGCAAGGCCUCAGCAGAAUUGGCCCUGGGUGACAAUAACGAGGUGUUGAAAAGUGGCCGGUAUGUCACUGUUCAGACCAUUUCUGGAACUGGAGCUCUGAGGGUUGGAGCCAGUUUUUUGCAACGGUUCUUUAAGUUCAGUCGCGAUGUGUAUCUGCCAAAACCAUCCUGGGGCAAUCACACCCCCAUCUUCAGGGACGCGGGCAUGCAACUGCAUGGCUACCGUUAUUAUGAACCCAAGACUUGUGGCUUUGACUUCACGGGAGCUCUAGAAGACAUUUCGAAAAUGCCAGAGCAGAGUGUCAUUCUCCUGCAUGCCUGCGCUCACAACCCCACGGGUGUGGAUCCUCGACCUGAGCAGUGGAAGGAGAUAGCAGCUGUGGUGAAGCAAAAGAAGCUGUUUGCGUUUUUUGACAUGGCCUAUCAAGGCUUUGCCAGUGGAGACGGCAACAAAGACGCCUGGGCUGUGCGUCACUUCAUUGAGCAGGGCAUCGAUGUCUCUCUCUGUCAGUCCUAUGCCAAGAAUAUGGGCCUCUACGGUGAGCGUGUGGGCGCCUUCACCGUGGUCUGCAAAGAUCCUGAGGAGGCCAAAAGGGUGGAAUCCCAGCUGAAGAUCUUGAUCCGUCCCAUGUAUUCGAACCCACCUCUCAAUGGGGCCCGAAUCGCCGCCACCAUCCUCAAUAAUCCUGAUCUGAGGAAGCAGUGGUUGCAGGAGGUGAAAGGCAUGGCCGAUCGCAUCAUCAGCAUGAGGACCCAGCUGGUUUCCAACCUCAAGAAGGAGGGCUCUUCCCACAACUGGCAGCAUAUCAUCGACCAGAUUGGCAUGUUUUGUUUCACGGGGUUGAAACCUGAGCAGGUGGAACGACUGUCCAAGGAGUUUUCCAUAUACAUGACGAAAGACGGCCGCAUCUCCGUAGCGGGUGUCACGUCGGGCAACGUAGGCUACCUCGCCCACGCCAUCCACCAAGUGACCAAGUAAACCCCGUGGCGGAAAGGAGCAGAGACAACCCUUCCGAUCUUCAGAUUCUGCUGCAUGAGAUUCAAGGGGAUGACCGGGGCGGAGAGGGUGGGUUAGGGUGUGGGAAUGGUUUCUUUCAACUACAGUGCUUAAUGUUCAGCCAUUUGAAUGUAGCUCAGAAAAGGUCAUGCAGCGUACACGGGGUAGAGGUGGCCGUAGCUAUUAUUUUGAGCUUUAAGAAUCUAAACCAAACGGGCUCCACCCCCCUCCCAACAACUUCUACUGUUUACACUUGCAAACGAAAAAAAAAAAUAGAUCCAGUCCCUAAAACUGGAACUUUUUUAAGCUUUCACUCUCCGGCGCCACUUUUGCAAAGUCUUCAAGAGCUUCAGGUGAGGCUACUUCAGACACCCAAGAGGUCACAGCGUCUCAGCGUGACAGAAACGACUCAGUGUCAGGGACUUCUCGAAGAGACUCGACGGCAAUUACGUAUUAAUGAUCUGUGUCUCCUAUCAUGAUUGUGACAUUCUAAAUCUCUUAUAUUGCAAGAUAUCUGAUGGAUUGAUUGAGGCUGCAACUCUAGCAAGAGUACUAAAUUGCCGUUCUGCUUCUUCUGAUUAUUUUUUUUUUCAAAGUAAAGGGGUGAGUCUUCCCAUUCUUACACUGGAAGGAUCUCUCAGUAGGGGGGCUUCCCCACCUUAAAUGUCAAGAUCCAGAAUCUGUCCCUUCUUGCUCUGGUAUCAGUGAGACUUGACCGCCAAACCCUCCAUAUCGGGACCCAUGCAAGAGGAUCGGGGAGGAGCACCGUUUUAAGAAUCAAAGUGCCCUCCUCAGCAAAGGAUAGAGGGAGCGUCAAAGAAUUGCACUUUAAUUUCAGCAUCACUGUAAAUUGGUUUUUAAAUUGCUCUUCUGCCCACCCGAAGCUCAUUUCCCUCCCGUGGCCGUGCGAUAGUCUGUCACGUAGCGGCCGUGUGCGCCACGCGGAACUGGGAAAUGAGUAUUUUGAAUUGUGGUUGUGAGUGCUCUGUAAGCUGCUAGACCGAAUUUAAACUUUGCCCCUUGGAAAGCCGACACCCCUUCCCUCGCCCCCUCCCCUCCCUUCCCCAUCAUCCAGUGUAAUCGUGAAGGCCUUGAUGCAGCCUGGUUUCUCUGUUAAAUAAAUUACUGUAGACUCAA